AUGUCAGAAGAGAGUGAACCUGUUCAAAUUACUAAGGAAUGCCAUAAAAAUUGUCAUAUGACUCAACAAUUGACUAAAACUAUCGAUAGAUCCCUAUUAAAUGAUAAGUGGGAUAUUGUACUUUCUAACAUGCUAGUUAAGAUUGGAAUGGGCUUCGGUGUUGGCGUUAUAACAUCUGUGCUAUUUUUUAAGAAAAGAACUUUCCCUGUUUGGCUCGGCAUCGGCUUUGGUUUAGGUAGAGGCUAUUCCGAAGGUGAUGCUAUUUUUAGGUCUACUGCUGGACUUAGAGCUGUUAAAGUAUAA